GUGAAUAAUAGCAUAAAGUAGAAGAUCAUGGACCAGCAAGGAAUUUGCAACAAUAAAGAUCGUUCAAUCUUGGAGUCGAACGAGGCCAGCGAAACUUGGCUGGUAAGCUUUAAUGAUCAUGAUCGUCUUAAGGGAUUACAAGGCAAAAACAGGAGAUUUUCUGGGGCCAGUGUUUCCGAAGAAGAGCUGAAGAUUCGCAAUGAGCUUGAAAUGGAAGUAGAAAAAGACUUGGAGGAAGAAAUCAAAGAUGGGAUAUGCCAUCUUGCUCUGAGAUUGCACAGGCUUUAUCAGCACCAAAAGGAGAGAAGUGCAAGCAAAUUAGCAUUUUGUGAGGUGAAUAUAAACAUACAAAUGGAAGGAGGAACCAAGAUUGAAAUAAAAGAGACCAAAAGGCCAGCACCAGCUGAAAGGGAAAAGAGUUUUCCUCCUCGACCUAGUUCUAGAUCAUCAACUGUGAGAUCAGUUAUGAAAGUGGGUGCAAACACAAAGAAGUUUGAUUGGGCCAAAAGUCUGAGAUCGAGUGGUGGUCAAGGAUGGAAAGUUUAAGUCCUUGAAGCUUGAUUCCGGUUUGUUAGUCUCUCUUUCAAAAAACUAAUAAUAAUGACAGAAGUUGUAACCGGAAAGUUGUUUUGAUUUUUUUUUUUU